CGCAGUACAUUUUUUUUCUGUUUUUAUUUUUGCCAACUUAUUAAUUAGAUUUGUUGUAUGCUAUGUCUGAAUAGCAUAAACGAAUGAGAGCAGCCUACAAACUACUCUCGACAACAGAAACAACAACAAACAACAAUAUAUCCACAAAUUUUCUCAUCAAUUUCCUUACCAAUUUCCUUACACCUAACAACAACAAACUAAAGCCACAACUACCAACUGUAAAAAAAAUCUACAAGAACAAGUACCACUUAAACUGCUAAGCGCUUCACUAAAAAAGAGAAAGAAACAAAAAGAAAGAGAGACAGAUCGAAAGAGGGAGAACAGCAUACAAAAAGACAACGCCAUAACAUCAAUUGAUACUCUUGUGGCAGGAAGGAAGGAGGUGGCUAAAUCAAAUCCCCAUUACAUACAACAUAACCAAACCAUUGGCAUACGAUUUGCAUUAAGUUUGAAUGUCUCCGAGCGUUCUGUGAGCGCAUGUGGCAGGCACACACCAAAAACUCAUACAAGUGAGAGAAGAGACAGACAGACAGAGAGAGGGAAGAGCAGAAUUAUCUCACUAACUAACAACAAACAGCAGCAGGCAGCUGAGCGCCAACGAUCGCGCACUAAAGAGACACCAAGCUCAAGCUUAUCCAUCCCAUCCGCCUCAUCACCAAUAAAUCAAGCAAUCCAAGCAAGCAAGCUAAGAAGUGAGCAAGCAGUUUAGCAGCACAGAGAGUAUUUUGAAAAAAGUACUCGUGCUCUCACUCUCAGGAUAUGUACGGCAACAAUAAUUCGGGUAGUAACAAUAAUAACGGUGGUUAUCCCCCAUACGGUUACAACAAGGCGAGUAGCAGCAGCAGCAGCAGCAGCAGCAGAAUUCACACCAAUAACGGAAAUAGUGAUGAAAACCUAGCACGACGUCAACGUCAACUCAUCACCUAAAGGCAAGUGGCAUGGCCAACCUGACCUUUUGUUGUGAGCUUAGUGGAGUGAAGGAGCGCCACACCCCACACCACCCAGACGGGACGCUAGCUAGCCAGCAGCUAUCCACCAAUGGAAUAGCCGUUUCCUUCGACCAGCGUGCAGCAACGGGCUGAACUGUGACAAUGUAGGCCCCCCAACGUCGCCGCCAAAGCAGCCUCAGAGCAAGCACAUCAUCAACAAGAACAGCAACGUCAUGCCCGAACCUUUAAUAUUGGUUCGAGCCAAGCAGGAACUUUAAAGAAAACGAACCACAUAUUUUAUUUUAUAAUUUUUUUUAUACAAUUUUUUCUGGUGCAAAAUGAACAUCAAACAGAAACGCCAACAGCGCCUCGGUGGGCGCAUAUUUGGCAUGUCCCAUUCACUGCCAUCCGGAAUGUCACGUUAUGCGUUCUCACCACAGGACACAGAAUUUCCAUUUACAAGUUCCUCGUCUCGGCGCGGCUAUAAUGAUUUCCCUGGCGGUAAUGGCGGUAGCGCCAAUUCGUUGGGCGGCAACAUUUGCAAUGUUCCCCCAACGGCCAGCAACAAUUCGUUAAACAAUCUGUGCGGCAUGUCCAUUGGCAGCGGUGGCAGCGAUGAUCAUGUUAACGAUCAGCGUGUCAAUGGCACGAAUCUGAUUGUUAACUAUUUGCCGCAAGACAUGACUGAUCGUGAGCUGUAUGCACUCUUUCGCGGUAUUGGUCCCAUUAAUACGUGCAGAAUCAUGAGAGACUAUAAGACUGGCUACAGUUUUGGGUAUGCUUUCGUGGACUACACAUCGGAAAUGGACUCACAGCGUGCUAUUAAGAGCUUGAACGGCAUCACAGUGCGCAACAAACGGCUAAAGGUUUCAUACGCACGUCCUGGCGGCGAAUCGAUCAAGGAUACCAAUCUGUAUGUCACCAAUCUGCCGCGUACAAUAACUGACGAUCAGCUGGACACGAUCUUCGGCAAAUACGGUUCCAUUGUGCAGAAAAACAUCUUGCGUGAUAAGCUCACUGGCAGGCCACGUGGUGUGGCAUUUGUGCGCUAUAACAAACGCGAGGAGGCACAGGAGGCGAUCUCGGCGCUCAAUAAUGUCAUACCAGAGGGUGGAUCCCAGCCGCUCUCGGUCCGUUUGGCCGAGGAGCAUGGAAAGGCGAAGGCGGCGCACUUUAUGUCGCAAAUGGGCAUGGGACCGCCGGUACCACCACCACCACCGCCACCACCCCACUUGCACAUGAAUGCCCCAAAUGCGGGUGCCAUGUCAGCGGGCUUCAAUAACAUGGUUCACAGAGACGGAGCUAUGGAAAAAAUACGCUCAUUAUUCGAUGCUAUUUGCGAUGCUAUCUUUGGUCUCGAUAGUGACAACUUUGCCGACUUGCUCGACGGAUUGUACCGUAAGAAGUACCAUUAUCCCUACUUAUAAUUGUCGCCGCAGCAGCAGCAACAACAACUGGCGUGCAGCUUCAACUACAAUAACAACAGUAACAGC